UUGAUUGAUAAUCAGAACUCAAAGUCAAUUAACCUUUUCUUUGUGCAAGCUGUUACAUGCAUGAGCUUUAUAGGGGUAAAUUCGUCAGAAGAAUCUUAAGUUAUUAUCAUUUUAAGACAUUGCCUGCUUAACGUAACGUAUGGGUGUACGUCGUUAACUUUGCUAUACUCACGUCAGUAUGUCAAGCAUGGCUGGAAUCAGCUAUUUUCCUGCUCUUCUACUUCUCAUGGCUGUCACGAGUACAGCAGCAGCCUACGGACCCUACUCGCAAUUCCACCGUGAUCGACGAGCGAUUCGUGCACGCACGAUGGCGACAGGAGAAGAUCACAUCACCCAUGCUUCCAUUAAGAUGAGGAUGUUGAACGAAGGUCGGUCUCAAGUUGCAGUCAAUCCCGUCCGAGCCAAGCGAUUUAUAAACGCAGCGUCCGGAAUUCAGCAGCAGCCUAAAGUGUCCGAGGCAUUCAAGGAGUAUGCAGGUAACCAAUACGGACAAGUUUUCCCAGGUAAAGAACGCGCAUCGGAGCUGGUAGACCAAAUCCAACAUGGGUACGUGCAACCGCCACGAGCACCAUUUCCGAAAAACGCAGUCUAUGAAGACCUUCUUACCCGACAGAGGAAGGAUGGUCGAGAUGGUCAUCUAUCUCGAAAACCCGAAAACUUGGGCAAAGUGAAAGAUGAGGUGGACGAUUUCCUGCAGCUUAUGCAUGAAAUGGGCAUCCUCGAAGACCCUGAGGAUGAUGUCUCUAGAGGGAAUAAGCAUCAACGAAAUACAGGUGAUGCAACAAAGUCCUCAUCUGCUGCCUCCUUUGUAAAUCAUCAGAUUCAUCGUCCUGAUCAGACCAAAGAUAUGAAGUCCAAUGUCCGGCAAGAUAUUUCUUCAGGUUACACAAAUCCCCAACGAUCUUCUCGUGUUGUCCAAUCACGAUCACCAAUCCACGAGGAAGUCGCGGUUAAACGUGAGUCGUCUCCAUCUCUCAUUAAAGAUACCCUGGAUGAUGAAGACGUCGAUGACGAGGUCGUUGGUGUCGAAGAAGAGGCAAUCAUCAACAUCCCGCCACAGGCACUUGCAAAGAGUGACAUUAAUAUCGAUGGGAUUGAUCUAGAUAUUAUCAAAAAAUUACUGGAGGAAAUUAUCGCUCGCAAGUCUUCAAAGUAGACACAGCUCUGUGAAAUAUCAAUCUAUAAAGCAAUUAAAAAUGAAAAGGAUAUAAGAAUUUAGUGU